AUGGCUGCACAGCUAAUCAGUGACAAACUUUCUGAUAAUAUUGUCUCAGAUACCCCACAUGAAUUUCUAAACAUGGUGGAAAAGCUCUGUGAGGAAAGUGGCAAUGAUUGGUACCGUGUUUACCUGAUUCGUAAGAUCAGCGAAAGGCAGGGUGUUGAACUUGUUCAGUCUUUGGCAAAAAAAGCAGAGUUUAAUUGGCUUUUUCCAGAGGAGAUCAAGCAGCAGAAUGCAGAUGAAGGUCUGAUGGACGUGUUUCUGGUUUAUGGUGAGGAGUACAAAACAGUUAGGGAAGCAGUCGCUAAGGCUUUAAUGGAUGGUGAAGUUGGGCAGAUAGAAAAAACAUUGGAGUCCAUCAAGAAGAUCAUCCAUCCAGAUGUGGAAGAUGUUUACUUGUUUUUGAGUCAACAUGCAGUAAAAGAUCUCGAUCAGCUAACUCAAGCCCUGGCAAAAGGAGCGGAUGAUGCUGUAACCACUGCUCACUUGAUUCUCAAAUCCCUUCAAGUACCAGUGCAGGCCAGUCACUAUAAUAUUGACGCCAAUCUAUCCACAAAAGAAUCCAGAAACACCUGGGAGACAGCUGUGGCCACAGACAUUAUGUCAACUACACUAAAGAUUGUUGAUCAACUCCUGCAAGUAGCAAAGGACCACAUCACAAAUGACUCCCGUGUAUCUUCUAACUUUAUCCUGAGGACGGCUUUUGGUGAUGACUGUAAAUUCCUCAAAUCGCUGCAGCAGACAUCUGAAGUUCACAAUUCUGCAGUGUGGAGCUGCAGGGAGAGGCUGUCAUUGCUUAGCCUCACACACAUCAUAGAGUACAGCGAACAAAAAGAUGAUCUGCCACUGCUCUGGAAGUUCCUCCAGAAGGAGAAAGAAUAUCGUCAGAUAUCGUUUCUACCAGAUAUAGUAAAGUUGCAGAACCGUUUGGUGAAAAAGUUCCAGAAUGCCCCUGAACAGAUUGUGGGUUCCAUUUCUGAAUUCCUAAAUAUUCAAAAAGGUACAUUUUGAAUGUGGUAUGAAAAACACAUUGAAAUAUUCCUGAAAACUUGGAACCUCUUAAGAGUACAUGUAACAAACAAUGAGCUAAAAAUCCCGGAGGAAUUUUGCAAUGAAGACUUGGACAAGAACAGUGAGCUACAAUACCUCUUGCCACGGCGACAGGGUCCAGGACUAUGUGCCACAGGACUAGUUAGCUACCUGGUGACACUGCAGAAUGAGCUGGUGAAUGCUGUGGAACGCCACACUGGAGAUGACAGCAGUUACACGGUUGCUUUGGAUGACCUCAUGGAGCAGCAUGUGAUCUGCUAUGAUGUGGAGAAGGACCUGCUGCCUCUGGUUUUGUCCAACUGCCAGUACAGCUUAGAACGUGGGCAUGAGACAUUGUCAGAAUAUGACCUGCCUCGCAUCCAACAACAGUUCCUUACACGCUUCUUACAAGGAAAACCUCUCAUUACCCGCACGGGAAUUCCUACUCUGAUCAAUACACAACAGAGAGACUAUGGUUCUAUUUUCAAAACUAUCAAAGGAAAAGUCUCCCAGGAUUUACUUGUCACUCUGACCCAAAACAGUGUGUCCAGAGAGCUUGACUCCUACAGUGAGGUGUGUGAAGCACUUAAGGUUGUUGACUUGCUUCUGGGAUUCCUAUCAUUGACUGGUGGUGAUCCCAGGAUGCCAGUGGUUACUUACCUUAAGGACAAAUUAAAGAUGGGCCAGAGCAUUGAUGAACACAUACAAAAAGCUUUGAACAAAUGCAGGCUGGGACACUGUGUGUCCUUGUGGCAACUUCUCUCAUCCCUUAAAUCUGAAAACAUGCUGCAGCUUAAAAUGGAUCCCUUUUCAGGAUAUGCAAAAGAGUACCAGGAGCCACUGACUGAACAGAACAAGACAGAGCUUAAAGGCUUCAUGUCCCAUUCCAAAUCUCACCAAUGGCUGCUGGAAAUGCAUGAAUUUAUCCUACUGAAUCUCAGCCAUCCACAUGCCACAGAUCGCUACAAGCCUUCCUGGGGUGUUAAAGAGGCAAUGGAUCUCUACAUGGAUCAGAAACAAGAAGAAGUUCCUGUUUAUGUUGAGCAAAUUUUUCCAAUGAAUCUGCUGCUUUCACAGAUUUUGGAGACUUGGAAAUAUGUGGUCACAUCCAAACGAGAGUGGAUGGAGGGGUGA